UUUCAAUUGUGAAUAAGAAAUAUUGCUAUAUCGGUCUGGGACGAUUGACAUGGAAUAUAUUGUGAAUAUUUAGGCUUCCAGAUAGAGGUGCCAUGUCUUUGUCUCCUGACGUAACACCCUUUGUACCAAGUCGGCAGCAACCUGCAAAACCAUCUGCCCAAUCACACUUGUCAAACAGGACCUUAUGGGAACCUUCUGUGGAUGUUGCAGAAUUUGUGCCAAGUUGGUUAAACAACAAACCUAAGUCAUCCACAGAGUACAUUGAAACAUCAAAUGUCAGUGAAGCAAGAAGAGUUUCUGCAAAAGUGGAAGAAAAAAAUGGAAAGGAUGAAAAAUCUGUAGAAAAGAAGGAAAGGAAGAUUAAUUCUACAAAGAAAGGGCCAAAACAAAAGGCAAAUCCAGCUGCAUUAAAAACAAACCAUGUCACAAGCUCUAGUGGUAAAGAUGAUAAUUCCAAACUAGAGGGAGAUAAACAUGAGACUGAAAAUUUAUCUUGGAAUACAGAUUUCCCUGCUCUUGGUGCAAAAAGUGGACACUAUAAAACACCAAUUUGGAACAAACCACUGGGUGUGUCAUUUAGUGACAAGCUAAAGACUGGUAACACUUCAAGUUAUUCUUACGAUGAACCUUCAAGUGAGUUCAAUGAUAAAACCAAAGAACAAGAAAAGACAUCCAUAAAAAGCAAAGAUGAUGAAGAUGAGUGUAAGAAAAUUGUCAAUAUGAACAAAGAAGAAGUGGAUAGUACACCAUCUGAAUAUGGAUUUUCUGUUGUUAAAAGCAAAUCAAAGAAGAAAUAUGAAGCAAUGGAACACAGUAAGAAAGAAGGCAAAUCUUUUAGACACAAAAAUAUUCCUCUUGCUUGGGAUAAAGUUGAUUCAGAUGAAAAGACAAACUCAGUAAUGAAGGGAGUUAAGAAAUCUUCCAACAACAGAAGCAAAACUUCAGUGGAAUGUACUGGGAAGGACUACAAGCAAGAUGGCAUUGUUCCAAAAAGUAGAUUAUCUGAAGAGUGGGCUACCGGUAAAGAUAUUGCUAAUGAUAAAAGAGAAGCAAUGAGAGACUCGCAUAAAGGUGCGGAUAGAUGGAAUAGAAGAACAAAACAGUCUUUCAAACCAGCUGAAGAUUACUAUAAUUUUAAAUCUACGCACAGAGGCUUGAAUUUGGAAGAGAAACAUUAUGAAGAGAGUGAUCAUGAGGAAAGGAGAACUUCUAGGCCUCCUGUGAGCAUCUCAACUGCUAUGACUACUCCUUCAUUAUCAUACAGCGAUAUCUUGAAAAGUAAAUCAAACACCAAAGUUCCUAUUGAAGGCUCUAAAAAUGAGAAGGGGUUCUUAAGAAUCCCAAGCGAAAAAAGUGAAAAUGAGGGAGUAGAUGAAAAGGAAGUGGAAGAACAGGGAAAGAGAAAGAAAAAGAAGAAGAAAAAGAAGAAAUCUGGAAUUGAAACACAACCUCAAACUGUAAAAAAAUCUAAGGAAGCAUUGACUCUUGAUUUUGGCGAUAUGUUGGAGAAGAUUAUGGAAUCGUCAGCUUCCAAGAAGAAACCAAUUAUUCGUACCGGAGGAUUUCUGCCAGCUCAGGCCCCGUUACCACCCAAAGAAACGAGGACUUCCAGGAGACCUCAGAUGCAAGCAGCGAAUGUUCUUGACUCAACUGCCCCCAUCGUGUUUCGUAGCAAGGAACGGGAAUUUCCAAAGAAGAAGAAGCCAAGCGCGAUGAGGAAGAUUCUUAGGAAAGAGCGGGAAGAUAAAAAGAUGUUACGAGAAGGAAAAUCGUCAACUGAGAUCCAAACAUCCGAUGAUGAAAAAUCUGACAAACAAUCUUCAGAUGAGCAAGGUCUAGACGAGGAGUGAUAUAGAUCCAGCAGAAGUGAAGAAAACCAUUCACAGUAGAAAGUUUCGUGAGUAUUGUGAUCAUGACCUCGACUAUGAUAUCAACGGAGUU